AACAAACAAAAAAAACGCCUCUCGUCUCUCGGCGCAUGCGCAGUGAGUCGGUGUGAGAGAAAAUGGCAGACGUCUCUUUGGAUGAAGUGAUACGACAGCGCGGCAUUAACCUGAAGGCUCCAGCUAAACGACCAAUGUUUGGACGAGGAGCAGGAGGCGUCGGCAAAAGCUUUGAUGCCAGGCAGAAGAUUGGGGUUAAUGAUGUCAGACAGCGGCUUGGAGGAGGAGGUGGUGGAGGAGGAGGAGCAGGGUUUCCAGUAAAGGAUGCCAGAGAAAAGCUGGGUCAGAAAGACGCUCGCUUCAAAAUCCGUGGCAGGGGGGCGGCCGGAGGAGUGCAGGACGCUCGUCAGAUGAUCAACUCGCGCAAACAGGGGCAGAAUCAGUUCGGCGUCCCCGCACAGACCGUGCAGAAAACCGCAGUAACGCACCAGCUACAGACCCAGACACUCGUGCCACAGAUACAGAUACACACCAACAGCGGUCUCGCCGGUGUGAAUGUAAGGCAGUUUUCCCCUAAUGUACAAGGACUGAAUUUGAGGGGCGGCGCGACGCCACAGCUGAGCAAUAAUAAGAGGAUGAUGGACGCUCGUGAUAGGCUGAGCCUCAAGCGGAGCAUUGGAGGGACACAGACACAGGCAGCCACUGCACCACCCUUAAAAAUAACCAAGACCAUCCAGCAACGUCCAGUAGGAAUGUUAAGUGGAAUACGUCCAGCUACACAGCCUGUCUCAAAUGAGCACGAUGGCAUCUCCAGUAAACAAAUAAAGAUCACUACUGCUAACAGUAUGCUACAAUCACGGCCUGGUUCGGUGGGCUCCACGUUUUCCAUGUCCGCCCCAAUCACCAAGGUGGUUAAAAACGAUGCCUACACGGCGCCGCGUCCUCCUGUUCCCGUGGCUCCCACCCGGCCCAACACCAGCAUGGCCGCUGCCCGGUCCUCGGCCGCAGCCUUACAACCGGUCUCAAGGACUCUGCAGCAAAGUGCAGCAGAAACCAGCACGACAGCUCCUACCCCUCCUCAGCCUGUGUUCAGUCCUUUGGAGGGGACAAAAAUAACGGUGAACAACCUGCAUCCCCGGGUCACAGAGGAAGACAUAGUUGAACUGUUCUGCGUGUGCGGCGCCCUGAAACGAGCGCGGCUGGUGAAGGUGGGCGUGGCCGAAGUGGUGUUUGUACGUAAAGAGGACGCCGUGAGCGCGUACAGAAAGUACAACAACCGCUGCCUGGACGGCCAACCCAUGAAGUGUAACCUUCAUAUUCAGGGAAAUGUCAUCACUUCUGAUCAGCCCAUUCUAUUGAGGCUCAGCGAUACUCCCGGCGCAGGCGGCAGUACAAAAAAAGACGGCCUGCCCCCCUCCUUGUCUCGCCCCGCCGGUCAGCGAGCCUCCUCUCAGCCCACCCCAGAGGUGGACCCCCAGACCAUCCUCAAAGCUCUGUUCAAGUCCACCGCACAGUCCACCUCCACCACCGAGCCCCCCAGCUCACAGGCCACCGCCUUUCGCAUCAAGAUAUAGCUCGCGUCUCGUGUGAACACACACGGUCUUUUCAUAAACGUAUAACUGCAUUCUCAGUGUUCAUAUACAAAACUGUGUUUUUCACCUUGACAGCAGCAGACAGCAUUUUCUCUCUCUCUCUCUCUCUCUCUCUCUCUCUCUCUCUCUCUCUCAUAUAUGAAGGUGAUUUUUACACAUUUGAUAUACGCGACCUCUCUGAACGUGAAAUUUAUGGAUCAGCGUCUUGUUUUUUUGGUUUUAUGGUUUAUCCAGAUAUCACCUGUUUGUUCACGAGAUCGACCAGCCGAAAGAAAUGUGAUUUGUUGUUUUAUUCCAGUGUGGUGGGGGAUGCCAAAUCAAACUUUUUUCUUUUUUUUUUAAAUUGUGAUUUUGUUAAUUCAAUGCCAGACCUUUUUUUUUUUCUAUAGUCCAGUUUAACUCCAAAAAAAAAGAUCUAAAAAACCUAAUUGACACACACGCGUCAUGUUUAAGGUCCUGUACACAGGUGGGUUCAGUUAUACUGUCUGUAACUCUUUGGGGAUUUUUGUGUACAAAGCAUAGAAAUAAAAGGGAACAUAGAUCAAACUCAACACAGAUAUAUAGAUGCCGCUCUCUUUAGGCAGGACAAAUAAAGUUUGUCCUCACUACAACUCUAACUUCAACCUGAGAAGAGGUCUUCCUAGCCGAGGUAACUGAAAACACUUGUGUGAGUGAGUCAGGGAUGGACAGAAACUAAAGUACCGUAAAUUCAGCGAAGCAGUUUUUUGGAACAGUCAUUAUGUUGAUGCUUGGUUUUGUUUCCACCGUACUCGUGACAUCCAGAUUCCUGUGUGCUCUGUUUGCGACUGGUUUUACACGGUUGUUCAGUUUUGAAGCAGUAUAUGUUUAAUUCUUUUUAGUAUUACGUACAUACUUUAUUUUCAAUGACAAUGUAAAUCACUUUUCUCUCGUAAGUCAGUGAAGAAGAGCCUGGAGAGGACGGAUCUGUUUGUGAAAUGUCGCCAUUAAAUAUUUAGCUUUGUA